AUGGAGGGAGCCAGGAAUGGGACAUACGGAGAUACAAGGCCAACGGGAAAACCUUCACCCCUCAUCGGCGAGAAACCGGAACGUCCCAACAAAGAGCCAUGCAGUUCAAGCGAGGAGUCAGACUUCUACGAGGAAAUAGAUGUCAGCUGCACUACCGACAGCAUGGACUACCCGGACAAGCAAGGCAAACAUGUUGAAGUUCCAAACCACAACAUCGAGAAUGGCUUGAAGAUGAACACAAGCCCGAACGCACUGGCUUACGGAGCCGACCAGAUGCGACGAUACCGCACAGCCUUCACGCGGGAGCAGAUCGGGCGAUUGGAAAAAGAAUUCUACCGAGAGAAUUAUGUCUCAAGACCACGGAGAUGCGAGCUCGCAGCUUCUUUGAAUCUACCGGAGACUACAAUCAAAGUUUGGUUCCAGAACCGCAGGAUGAAGGACAAGCGGCAGCGUCUCGCUAUGACGUGGCCACACCCGGCUGACCCAGCCUUCUACACAUAUAUGAUGGGCCAUGCUGCAACCGCCGGAAAUCUGCCUUACCCGUUCCCAUCGCACCUGCCCCUUCCCUACUACUCACCCAUCGGCGGAAUGGGUGCGACCGCAGCCUCCGCCACAUCUCCGUUCGCCAAUCCCCUGCGCUCGCUGGACAGUUUUCGGGUUCUCGCUCACCCCUACCCUCGACCAGAGCUGUUCUGUUUCCGUCACCCAGCAGUCUACUCCAGCCCGGGAGCAAGCCAUGGACUCGGUCCUGCAGAGACCCCCUGCUCUUGUCUGGCGUGUCAUGGCACCAGCGGACAAACCAACGGGCUUCAACAGCGGCCUCGCAGCCUGGACUUCACAUGCUCCGCUGCAAGCAGGACUGACACAUUCCUAACAUUCUCCCCUGCAGUUCUGAGCAAGUCGACAUCCGUUUCUUUGGACCAGAGAGAGGAAGUGCCUCUGACAAGAUAA